AUGACAGGCGGUACUCUCGGGCGCGCGAAACGAGGCAGACCGCCGUUACUGAAAGAGUAUGCGGACCCGAUGAAAAGUCCCAUGGCGCAUUCAUCGAUGCAAAUGCAAAGAACUGCGGCUAGCUCAACUUUCACAAAGCCUUGGAUGCGCGUUUCUCCGUCCAACAAGAAAAGACGCAGAGACAGCUCAGCCAGCAGCAAUAGUAGCUAUGCAUCAGCACCGUCUGGUUCACCCACGCAGACAAUUACCAGACUUAAUCGUCAUAGAGGCAUACUGCUAGCCACUCCUGUCAAAUACCAGCAAAACGUGGCAAAUUCUUCGCCCUUAACUCCAGCGGACAACAUUUUCUCUUCGGAACCUAGAAGACAGCCUUUGAGGAGCUCUCCUCUUGAAGCUAGCUGUGGUCUUCCCGAUACUCCAUCAGGAUCUAUGUCCAAAGAUGGAUGUAAAAAUGGUAAUGCCUCUGUUCGCUCUGAAAAUAUGGCCCAAUUCAGCUUUUCGCUUUGUAUUGGCGAAGACGGCAAGGCCAAAAUCGCGGGCGCUUCCACGUCAUCCACAGUAGCGUGCGAUUCCGAAGCAAUGGUGGACGUCACCACUCAAAAGCCGCCCUUGACGGGGUUCGACAAGUCCGUGGUGUUGGGCCUCUUGAAGAAAAUGAGGAGCUCUCGCAAAGAUGCGAAUCCUCUCAGCAAAGUAUCUAUAAUUCGGCCAAGCGAGGUUUUCACCGAAAAUCCACCUCAGUCACCCAAAGAAGCAACCAUCUCGCAACCAGCGCUUCCGUGGACGCCUAAUUGCACAGCCGUGUUCCAGCUCAAAACAGGGUUUACUCCUGGGAACGGUAUUGACGAGAUGCUGUACCCUACUGUAAAACAUGAGGAAACACAAAGCCAGAGAGUAGGGAGGUCAAGAUCUAACAGUGCGGUUUUCAAGAUGACGUCAGGAGAUCCUUUGUUAAUGACUGAGGAAGACCCUAGCACAGAGUUUCUUGUGAGCCAAGGACAUAAUAAUACUUCUACCGAAUUGUUUUUCCAACAAUUACUAUCGUCCCCGAGAAAGUCUUCAUCCUAUUUCAGCUCCCCCACAUCUUUCUUUAAUGGUGGAAUUUCCAGACCACAAUCCAAGCAAGACCCACAAACAACUCGUUCCUAUUACAAUAGGCCUACCGGCGAGCAUUCCAAAAGUACACGCGGGAAGUUGAACGUUCCAACAACUCCAGUCGCUGAAGGCUCUCAGGACUACUCUUUUGCUAUUCAGUGCACUCCGCUUAUACAACAGACAAUGUCUGGGUCCCUGAACAAAGUCAUUGGAGAGGCACUACCGCAGAACGGCCAUGGAAAUGUAGCGAUACAAUCGCCAAGAGUGCUCGAACAGGAUGACGCUAGGUUAGCGCUUCGUAAGUUAAUUGGCGGGUCCAAUUAA